AUGGGCAAGAAAAGAAAGGCUGGAGGUCGCCCCUCAAAGGCUGACGCCCCUGCGCGCACCAAGUUCGACGUUGAAGAACGCUUUGACGACUCCGAGGAUGAGUUCCAGGCAGGCCGCGACCAAAUUCUGCUGGAUGAAGCCCCCGAGGCCAAGCGGCGGCGCAGAGUUGCCCAAGAAGAGGAGGCCCUGCAAGAUUCCGAGGAGGAGGUUUUAGGCUACGACGAUGUCGACGAGGACGAUCUUGAAGACGAAGAUUCCGAAGAUGACUACGAUGACAUGGGCGAGCCGAAGAGUAAAAUUGCACAAGACUCCGACGAAGAUGAGGAGGGAAUUGCGGCGUGGGGUACAUCGAAGAAAGAUCUUUACAAUGCAGACCAGAUUGAGACCGAGGUCGAUGCCUUAGAGGAGGAGCAGGAGGCAAAGCGACUGCAACAGAAGCAAUUAGAGGCUAUGGAUGAGGCAGACUUUGGCUUCGAUGAGUCUGAAUGGGCGGAAUCCAAGGAUGCGGAGGAUGAAGCAGAGAACGCCGGAGUCGUUACCGAAGUGCUCCCACAGCUGGAAAUUACCGAGGACAUGAGCACCGACGAAAAGCUCAAGAUCCUGAAAUCGAGGUACCCCGAAUUCGAGCCUUUGGCCAAGGAUUACGUUGAUCUCCAAUCAACCUACAAGACUUUGCAGCAACAGGCGGCAGAGGCUUCAAAAUCUACAGAUGCGACCGCAGAUGAGCCCCAGCCUGCACCCGUGGCUGUCGUGAAAUUGCGUGCCUUAUCAACGUACCUGGGUACGAUCAACAUGUACUUCCUGCUCCUGGCAUCGUCCUCCGACGGCGCCAAGAGUCAUUCUCCGAUGUCCCCUACCGAGCUCCGACAACAUCCUGUCAUGCGCUCUCUAGUCAAAUUCCGCAAAAUCUGGGAGAAGGUUAAGGACAUUGAAAUCUCAGAGAUCACUGAAGUUAUCAAGAAGUCUCCAGCUAAGACCGAAUCGACCGAGGUCGAGCUACAACCUACCAAAACUAAAGAGACCAAGAAGGUCAAGACGACAAAGAAUCUUAGCAAGGCCCAGCGUGCAGCUUUGGCAGCACAGGUUGAGGCUGAAGCCCUUCGCGCGGAGCGACUCCGUGAGACAGAGGCCGGCCUGGCUGAUCUGGACGAUUUGGUCACAGAGCCCACUCAGAAGCGCAAGAUUCAGAAGACCAAGACCAUCGCCAAGGAUGACGACUCUGACUUCGGUGACGAGGACGCUCUUACAGCCCGCGAGGCCGAGGAGAAGCUCAAGCAGAAGCGCUCUCUCCGCUUCUACACCUCCCAACUAGCUCAAAAGGCCAACAAGCGCCGUGAUGCAGGCCGUGAUGCCGGUGGUGAUGCCGAUAUUCCUCACCGUGAGCGUCUGAAGGACAGACAGGCCCGCUUGAACGCCGAGGCCGAGAGACGUGGUCGCCAAAACCCUGAUAUCGGCCAAGAGCUUGGCGGAGACAGUGACGAGGAAGACCACCGCGUCAGAAAGGAGCUUCGCAAUGAGGGUAAGGAGGAUUCAGACGACGAGUACUACGACAUGCUUGCAGCCCGUGGCAAGCAACGCAAAGACGACAAGCAGGCUCGCGCCGACGCCCAUGCUGAAGCUGCUCGCCUUGGCGGUCAUGUCCAGGUACAGGAGACUGUCGGAGAGGAUGGCAAGCGUGCCAUCACCUACCAGAUCGAGAAGAACAAGGGUCUUAUGGCGAAGCGGAACAAGGAUGCGCGCAACCCGCGUGUUAAGAAGCGCAAGAAGUACGAAGAGAAGAAGAAGAAGCUCGGCAGUGUUCGGCAGAUCUACAAGGGUGGCGAGGGUCGUGGUGGCUACGGUGGUGAGCUUACAGGUAUCAAGAAGAACCUGGUCAAGAGUGUUAAGCUCUGA